AUGUCCACCGUCGCCGAACUAAUCUACUUCCAACCCAAAGACUCCGUCAAACCCGAAGACCCCUCCAGCGAGGAGGGCCGCCUGCUCCUGGAGCACUUCCAGACCACCAAGCACCAGAGCGGCUAUCACAGCAGCGCGUGGGGUAGGACAGUGGAAGACUCGAAGACGAUCGUCUGGGUAAAUGGAAAGACGCCCACGCCGGCAUACAGCCGCAAUCUCUCGCGCCCUUCGUCGAACCCGACACGCAAGUCACCGUCAUCUACACCACGCUUAGCCCGUCCAUCUCCAAAACCGACACCUUCACCCAGAACCCCGUCACGGAGCUCUGCGCCCUCGCGUUCCCCAGCUCGCUGA